CUUGACAGAAUAUUCUCUAAAGCCUCUGAAGCCAAAUAUUCCAAAGUUUUACUGCAGUGAAAUAUUGUGUUGAUAUUCUGCUAAUGUAACUAGAUCAUUUUAUUUUUGUCAGUUCUUAAGUGAAAUCAGCUGCUGCACAAACAGCUAAAAUCACAGAGGUGUUGCAGAGCUUCAGCUCCAGGACUGAAGAGCUGCUGUAAGUCCUACAAACCACCAGAUGUCGCUGCACUUCAGAUCUCUUUUCUGCACCAACAGAAGGAAAGGCCCAGAGUUUUAUAAGGCUUCACUAGAAGAAACAAGAGAGCACAGGUGCACUAGAUGAACUGAAAGGUGAAAUGAACUGCAUCAGGUAAAACGUCUGUGAACUGAUGUGAAAACACAUUUUUAACACAGUUAACUCCACCCUGAACCACAGCUCCCUCCUCUGCUGCUGCCUUGUUGUUUUCUUUGUAGAAGAUCUUCGUCACACUUGUUCGGCUCCUAUAACUUUCUCACUACUUCCUUAAAAGGGACUGAUAGAUUUCAGUUCUUGAGGAAAUUCUUUCAGUGUGUCUCUGUUAAAGUAUAAAUGACAGGAAAACUGAUGCUUCAACACUUUCCUGCAUCACUUGUUAACAUCUUGAUUUUCUGCAGCCAGUUCAGAACUCAGCAGCUGGAUUUCAACUUCAUCUAACAGGAAAGAUCAUUGAAAUCUUGUUCACUUCCUUAAAUCGUCUUUCAGCUGAAGAAUUUAAAGCUGAUAUCAAUAUCAUCUGUAUUCUGAACUCAAAUGACAUCAAUACAUUUCACACAUAUUUAAAGUCCAACUAGUCGUGUCUGCAGUGAGCAUACAGCAUGAACAACCUCCAGACCACAGGUGAAGUGUUGGAACUGUCCAGUUGAGCAACACAUAUUGUGGAGGCUUGAUGCUGCUGUUGUAGCCACAUUCUCAUCAAAACACUUCCCCUUCACUUCUCUGAGAGACACAAGCUCAGAGAAAGAGGGAGGAACCAACAGGCCUCAGACCACUAACAUAUGUGUGAAACACGUCAGUGUCACAAAUACACUGUGGGACUGGACACAGUGUGAACUUGAGACUCAAUAAGAGUCUUCAUAUAGUUUGUUUGUUACAGUGUUAGAUUGACUCAAACAUUUUCCUUUGUCUUGUAAUCAGUGACUUUGUCUUCUUCACUGGCUCAUUCCAGUUUCACAGGAUCUUUGUGAUGCUGCUGUGACCUCUGACCUCUGACCUCUUCACUGAUGGCUGCAUCUCAUGUUGCUGAUCAAGAGUUUGUGGUUGCUGUCAGUCACUGUGGAUGAGACAAAAAUACAUUUCAAACCUGUUGAAGUGGAAACUGUGACAUUUAUAAAACAGACUAAAAUUAAGACUGAGGAAGUGACAUCAUAUGAACCACAGGAAGUAGGUGCAGCUUCUCUCGACUAAAGCACGACUUUAGAAACUCAGAUGAUCAUAAGAAGAGAGACAGAAGAAGGAGAGAGACAGAGAAUCAUGAUGGUCCAGUUCAAAUGGAUUCAAAUGUCUUUAUUUGUGACAGCGAUGCUUCAGUUCACAGGAGCAGCUGAAAACCUUCCAGCCUCCUUCACUGUCACAGUUGGAGAUGACGUCACUUUGACUUGUGACAAUGUGAUAAAGCCUCAGCAACAAUGUAACAGCACUACCUGGACCUUCAGUGGUUUAGGAAGCAAACAAGUAGUAGAGCUGGUUGAACUUGGACAGAUUGGUAAAGAUGUCAAAGCUAAAGACAGACUGAGUGUUACAGAGAAAUGUUCUCUGGUUAUAAAGAAGGUCACAGUCGAGGAUGUUGGUCGUUACAUCUGUGAGCAGUAUGAAUAUAGAGGAGCUCCAAAAAGUUCUCCAGACUCUGUGGUUCAUCUGUCUGUUGUCUCCAUGACUGAACAUCAGAACCAUGAUGAGGUGACAUUAAUCUGCUCUGUGUGGACAUAUGGACCAUGUAAACACACAGUGAAGUGGCUGUAUGAGGGUAAAGAGGUGGUGAAAGUUAAACAAGAAGUGAAGACAUCACAGUCUCUCUGUUCUGCCUCUGUGACCUUUCAGAGAACUCAGUCACUUUACGAGUGUAAAGUGACUGAUGGAAACAAAAAACAGCUGUUUCCCUUCAGACUUCAGUCAUCAGGAAAGAAACCAGAUUGGUGGUGGCUGCUCAUCAUUCUGGCUGUGGUCUUAGUGGCACUUUUAAUCAUUGUUGUGAAAGUCAUCAGGAGGAAGAGAGCUGAAGGUGAGAGCUCAGAGAACAACACACGGAUGGAGGACGAUGUUGGACUGACCUCAAACCCUGCAGUGACUCAGUCUGCUGCAGAAACCAGUCAGGGCACGGCUGAUCCUGGAGAUGGAGUCUGCUACGCCUCCAUCAGCUACACCAGGAACACCAACAGGAGAGAUCGGAGAAAAGAUGGAGAUGAUGAUGAUGAUGAUGAUGAUGAUGAUGAUGAUGAUGAUGAUGAUGAUGAAGCAGUGACCUACACCACCAUCAAAGCUUCCUCUCUUUCUGCUGGAGCGUCUGCUGAUCCCAGCAACCUGUACGCCACCGUCAACAAACCAAAGAAAUAAGAGGCCACAGUGUCGUCACAGCUCACAUUGCUCCACUUGUUUUACACUGAUAAUGGAUUUUGAUUAUGUUUGCUGUAACCAGCCUUUUAUCCAGUACGGGGUGCAGUAGUUUAACUAGCAGCACAUUAGCACAGUAUUAUGUGGCAGCUUGAAAUAUAAAUAAGCUAAUGAGGUCAUAUAUGGUACAUUUUUCUUGCUAAUCUGUAAAAAGAGUAAAUGCCAGAUUGGCUUUGGAGUUUCAGGUAUCAGAAAACAGGUUCUCUGAUGAUCCCAGGUCGUUUCAGAACCCAGAAUACAGAGGUCACACUUUUAUUUUGCUUUGUGAUCAAUGAAUCUUAACCAAAACAUUCCAAGGCACCGUUUUGCAAAAAGUCAACAUGCUAAAGUUUGGCUUUAGUCAAAGAUGUGUUAGUUUUAGCUGUUAUUUUUGUAUCUCCUGUUAUUGUUUGAUAUGCAGUCAUUUUAACAUCUACAUCUCUCUCAAUAAAUCAAUAAGUGAACCAACUGACUUGUGUAUUUUCAGCCGUCAUCGACAUAAAUAUCGAAGAAGCACUCACAUUUUUCUUUAUAUUUCUUGGAGAAACAUCUA